AUGUGUACACUAAGAGGCGUAUGGAUAUUGAAGGAGCAUACAACAGGUGCAGAUGUUGUCUUUUCUAAAAGAAUCAAUACUGUCGAGGUCAGGGUUAGACUGAUGGCUGGUACAAACUAUAGCUCAAUACCUGCUGACAAUGAUCUUCUAAAGUUGUUCUACUUUGAGAUAAUGUCUGCAAACAAUAGUAGUAGUAGUAGUAAUAACACACAGCAGCAGUCACAACAACAACAACAACAAUCAACAUCACUUCGUGUAUAUCAAUCAACACCAAACACACAUGUAAUAUCACUGAAUCAAGACAGACUGUGGCCAGUGGUCUAUAUCAAGAGAAAGAACUUCUACUACAUCACAAUACCAGUUAUCGAAGAGCACCUGACCACAGCCAUCAAACCAUCACUCAUAGAGUUACCAUCGAUCACCGCCUCUGUGUCAUUUUUGGAGGAGGUGGCCUAUUUCACACAAGCAUUCCUUUCGAAGCCUCCACCAUAUCCAGAACUUCAAGUAUACUUUGCCAACAUAAUACCAUUUGGACAGCCCACAGAUUCAAACUUUAACAAUGUAAAGACAAUGAUCAAGUCUGGAUUCCCAACCACCGACACAUUUACACCGAGAAGACCAGCAUGGCGACCAUUCCUCCACAAGGGAAAGCAACAACUGGACUUUAUCAUAUCAGAGACUAUUCAGUCGAUUCAGUACGACAGUCCAGGUGUGGUGGAUCAAUGCAAGGUGUUUGGAUCACUCUAUUGCAAAGCAGAGCUUGAAGGUCUGCCAGAGGUGUCUGCCUAUCUGACGACACCACCCUACAGUGCACCACCCAACACGGUGGGCGCAGGAUUCUCAUCAGAGGCAUCGAUCACACAUAUGUCCAUCGAUGCCACCGUACAGACCACGUCUGACGUCAUGGUCACCAACAAGAUCACAUUCACACCUCCCUUGGACACAUUCAAAGUGCUCAGUUAUGGAGUGGCCGGUAUCAAGACUAUACCCGUACGUGGCUUCUACCAGAUGAAGGAAAUCACACCAACCGUCGUCAAGAUACUUGUACAGUUGAAGCUAAACUCUGAGAUGACCAACUCUUUUGACUAUUGUGUCAUGCGCAUUCCCUUCAAGAAUCGUGGCAACAUCCAUAUCGUCAAUGCAUCACCUACUACGGGCACAUUGCACAUUGACGUCAAUCUAAAGGCCAUCAUAUGGAACAUUGGACAAAAGUUCUCUGGACGCAACCUCGAGGUGGCACUGCCUGCUGAAAUCACCUUUACAAACAACACCACAAUACCACCUACACUCUCUGUCACUGGCAGCAGUGGAAACCAAUCAGUGACUGGAUUCCCCUCACAGCAGUUCCCCAUCACAGAGACGUCACUUGGUGAUGAGGAUGAACGUGACCCAUUCUGUCAAGGAACAAAUUCAUAUGUUAGAUUAUUCUUUAAAUUACUACAUAGCACAUUAAGUGGCUUCAACAUUGAUUCCAAGAAGGUUUCAAUAUAUCCAGCAUCCAAGUAUAAGAUCAAUGUGGAUAGAGAGUUGGUCAGCACUGACUAUGUUAUUUGGAACUCAUUAAGUGAGAACUUCAAACAGUCCUAUCAACCCCCAUCGGAG